AUGGAAAUCGGCGCUGUCUGGCAGCGGGAUGGCCUUGAAGGCCCCGCCGAGUUGACAAGCGGAAAGGGCGCGACGUCAACGUUAGGGAGCGGGGACGUCUAUUCAGGCAAGCUCAUCAAGAACCUUGGCACCUUUGGCUUCAUACAGCCAGAUGGAGGAGGGGACGAGCUCUUCGUCAUGCCGAAAGGCUGCAAGGGCUUCAACAACCUUCUGCCACCGAUUGGUUCCCGGGUGCGCUAUGAGCUGGCGGUUGAUGAGAAGACGCUCCGCACCCGAGCAGAGAACGUCUUCCCAGAGUCUGAGUCUGAAGUGCCAGGCGUGCUUGGAGCUGAGCAGCCUGUUGGGACACUCACUGGGACCAUUCAGGAAAGCGGGGCAGAGCACGGGUACAUCGCGCAAGAUCACGAUGGCAGCAAGAUCUAUUGCUUGCCCGGCUCAUUCCAACGGGCCUUCGGCCAAAGCGCUAUCCCACCGGUUGGCACACGGGUGAUGUACGACGUAGUUGUCGACUCGAAGAAUUCCGGCCCUCGGGUCGAAAAUGUGCAACCUCUGGAAGGCACCAGCCGGCCAUCGGCGAGCAGACAGGAACAACCUGGAGCGGCCGGCAUUGCAUCCGGCACACUUGGGGUCGUUUCGAAGAUUUGCAACGGUUAUGGCUUCAUCGACCAGGAUAACGGCGAGCGGAUGUUUGUCCUCCCGUUCUCCUGUGGGGCCUUUGGCAAUCAGAUUCCGCCAGUGGGCACCCGCGUCGAGUACGACGUCGUGCCAGAUCCGAAAACCGGCAAGACAAAGGCCGACAACGUGAGACCUGGCAUGAAGACCGGCAGCAUCGGCAAAUGUGGGGCACAGUUCGGCUUCAUCAACCAAGACAAUGGUGAGGCUGAGAUGUUCGUCCUUCCAAAGUCGUGUGGCGGUGAGAUCCCACCAGUGGGCACUCGCGUCAUGUACGAAGUGGUACAGGAUCAGAAGACGGGGCGACCGCGCGCGGAGAAUGUGGUGCCGGAGCAGUGGGGUGCACCGAUGGACUACGGUGGCGGCGCGUCCACCAUGCCGGAGGCCGGCACCAUCACGCAGGUGGGGCCAACCUAUGGCUUCAUCCAGUCUGACGCCGGCGAGAAGAUGUUCGUCCUCCCCGGGUCCUGCACUGCCUGCACCGGGGAAGUUGCCAUCCCGCCUUUGGGAACCAGAGUCGUUUACUCGGUGGUGGUCGACGGCAAGACGGGCAGACCCAGAGCUGAGAAUGUCCGUCCGCAGGGAAUGGGGAUGACGACAUCCCUCGCCAUCCCCUCGGCAGCUGGGGGGCUGGAUUUCUCCGGGACCAUCCAACAGCGAGGGGAGAAGUAUGGUUUCAUUCAGCAGGAUGACGGGCAGAAAAUGUUUGUGAUGCCCAUCGCCUGUGCGGCAUUUGGCUCGGUCAUACCGCCCGAGGGCACGCGGGUCAGCUACCGCGUGGUCCCAGAUAGCAAGACUGGGCGGCCGCGCGCAGAAGACGUGUCGCCAGAGGUCAUGGGUCAGAAGAAGGGACGCCUGCAAGCAGCGACCCAGAUGCAGGAGGACUGGGGAGCGCCGAUGGACUACGGUGGCGGCGCGUCCACCAUGCCGGAGGCGGCCGGCACCAUCACGCAGGUGGGGCCAACCUACGGCUUCAUCCAGUCUGAUGCCGGCGAGAAGAUGUUCGUCCUCCCCGGGUCCUGCACUGCCUGCACCGGGGAAGUUGCCAUCCCGCCUUUGGGAACCAGAGUCGUUUACUCGGUGGUGGUCGACGGCAAGACGGGCAGACCCAGAGCUGAGAAUGUCCGUCCGCAGGGAAUGGGGAUGACGACAUCCCUCGCCAUCCCCUCGGCAGCUGGGGGGCUGGAUUUCUCCGGGGCCAUCCAACAGCGAGGGGAGAAGUAUGGUUUCAUUCAGCAGGAUGACGGGCAGAAAAUGUUUGUGAUGCCCAUGUCCUGUGCCGCAUUUGGCUCGGUCAUUCCGCCUGAAGGCACGCGGGUCAGCUACCGUGUGGUCCCGGAUAGUAAGACAGGCCAGCCGCGGGCGGAAGAUGUGUCUCCAGAGGUCAUGGGUCAGAAGAAGGGACGCCUGCAAGCAGCGACCCAGAUGCAGGAGGACUGGGGAGCGCGGAUGGACUACGGUGGCGGCGCGUCCACCAUGCCGGAGGCGGCCGGCACCAUCACGCAGGUGGGGCCAACCUACGGCUUCAUCCAGUCUGAUGCCGGCGAGAAGAUGUUCGUCCUCCCCGGGUCCUGCACUGCUUGCACCGGGGAAGUUGCCAUCCCGCCAGAAGGAACUCGAGUUGUCUACACAGUGGUUCUGGACAGCAAGACGGGCAGACCACGAGCAGACAAUGUCCGGCUGGAGGCCAUGGGGACAUCGCUCUCCUCAGCAUCCGCAGGUUCGGACUGCUCUGGAACCAUCCAGCAGCAAGGGGAGAAGUACGGCUUCAUUCUUCAAGAUGAUGGGCAGAAAAUGUUCGUGAUGCCCAUUGCGUGCGCUGCAUUUGGGUCGGUCAUACCACCGGAAGGCACACGAGUGAGCUACCGCGUGGUCCCAGACAGCAAAACUGGGCGACCGCGAGCCGAAAAUGUUUGCCCCGAAGGGACGGCCAUUGCGGGCAAAGGGGCUGGCACGGGCUCUGGCAGCUGGGGCAAAGCGGAUGCGAGCUGGAGCAAGGGCAAGAGCGGCAGCUGGAACCAGGGCGAUGGCAAGGGAGGUCAUUCAAAGGGUCUCGCCAUCAGAUAUGCGCCAUACUAG